AUGGCUGCACAAACUACUCGUAUGUCAACAACAACGGAGCCAGCUCAUAUCCAGAAAGUCACCAUUCCAUCAAAGUCAAGUGACAAUGUAUGCAAAUCAUACAAACGCCAGCGUACAGCUGUGAUUUCUACGUUCAGAGAAACAGUUAGCAAGGGGUCAACUCAAACACAACAAGCUGAUGAGGUACAAGCACUGACAGAUGAAGAGACAUCCAAAAUUCUUCAGUAUGCAAAGUGUGCUUCAAUGACCACAGAAAUGGCCCUCAGCAUGAUGAGGGAUUGCCAUCUUGCUUGGGAGCAGUUGCGGAAACUUAGAAGCUUCAAGCAAUGUAAAGCUGUGUUCAGAGAGGCAGCUAACAUUCGUGGGGAGCUUCUUCAAGUUUUAUUCAACAGCUCUGCAGCAGAAGGGAUGAAUGGUCUAGAAACCAAAGAUGUCCCUUUUGUUUAUGUGAACAACUUAAGCAUCAUGAUCUUAGACUAUCUUGAUCGCCUUGACAGCCAAAGACUGCUCACAUGGUAUGAUGGUCUUAUUCCCGACAAUGAAAUUUGGCUGAAAGUCGGAGGCGAUAAGGGUGGUAACUCAUUUAAAAUGUGUUUCCAAAUCGUCAACGUAAACAAGCCAAAUUCCUUGGAGAACACUGUCGUCUUUGCUUGCUAUGAAGGAACCGAUUCCCUUGUGAACCUUCAGCGCACAAUGCCUGCCAUGAUGGAACAAAUUGCCCUUCAGUCGACGAAAAAAUGGCGUGAAAGAUCAUUUCGUCUUCUGUGCUUUGGCGAUUAUGAGCUGUUGAACAAGCUUUAUGGAAUCAAUGGCUGUAAUGCCAGGUACUGCUGCAUUUACUGCACUUUAAGCAAGGAGCAAAUGCAGACACCUUUCACAGAGAGAUCUUGCUCUCAGCUAAGGACUCUGGAUUCCAUUAGAGCACAAUUUGAACUGUUCACAGAGGAUGGUAGCAAGAAAUCUCGUUCUAAAGAUGUCUCUUUCAGUGUUGUUCGAGAACCAAUGAUGCCAAUAGAACCUGAUCAUGAAACUGAAACUGAUGUUCAGUUAAGCUAUGCCUCAGGACCUGUCACCAGUGCCCUUGACAAAGUGCUUCAGAAAUUCAAGGUGCAGCGUCAAGCUUAUCACGGAAAAUCUUUUGUGGGCAACCACGUCCAUAAAUGUUGCAAGCCUGAAGUCAUUGAGGCAUUGACAGCUGUCCCAAGACAAAAGGUUGAAGAAAACCUGAGCGAUGACAUCCCAUUAUUUGCACAUGAUCAGCUCCUUCGCCAAGCAGCCACAACGGGAAGCAACUUCAGGCAAAUAUUCUUGAUGUUUGCUGAUGUACAUCAUGGUAUCAACCAUUCCAAUUCCCUUGACACCGCAGACAUCCAUCGCAUAGAUCUCUGUAUUAAGGAGUUUAUGCAAAUAUACCGCACUAUGUUUCCUUCCCAUAAUGUGACACCCAAGCUCCAUCUCCUUGAGGAUCAUGCGGUAAAACAGCUGAUGAAGUUUAAGGUGGGAUUUGGGCUCUUGAAUGAGCAAGGUGGAGAGCUGAUCCACACCGAAUUCAAUCGGACGGGCCGAGUAGUCCAGGGAAUGCGGAACGAUCUGCAGAGGCUGAUCUCAAUAAUGAAGCGCCACCACACCAGCACAGCACCCGAAGUCCGAGCCAAUAUUGUCAAGCCUUGGAGGAAACAUGAAAAUUAA